AUGGCCACGGCCACGGCCACGUUGGUUUGCGGCGCCUCCCCGCGCCUCGUCACGGGCCACCUCCUUUUCCUCGCCGUCGCUUCCCUCCUCCUCCUCCUCUUCUUCUCGCCGCGGGCCGCCGCGCAACCGUGGCAGGUCUGCGGGAACACCGGCAACUACACGGCCAAGAGCCCCUACCAGUCCAACCUCGAAAGCCUCGCCAAGGCACUCCCCGCGAACGCGUCCCGCUCGGGGAACCUCUUCGCGACGGGCAGUGUCGGCGCCGUCCCGGACGUCGUCUACGCGCUCGCGCUCUGCCGCGGGGACACCAACGCCACGGCCUGCGGCUCCUGCGUCGCCACGGGGUUCCAGGACGCUCAGCAGCUCUGCGCCUACGACAGGGACGCGGCCGUGUUCUACGACGCCUGCUACCUCCGCUUCUCCAACCAGAACUUCAUCGCCAGCACCAACAACAACGGCGAUCCCAUCAUCCUCAUGAACACGCAGAACGUGAGCUCGCCGGUGCGGGCGUUCGACGCCGCCGUCGCCGUGCUCCUCAACGCCACCGGCGACCACGCGGCGGCGAACGCGUCACGUUUUGGCACGGGGGAAGAGGGUUUCGACGCAAGAAGCGACCCCACCAUCUACGGGCUCACGCAGUGCACGCCGGACAUGUCGUCCGCCGACUGCCGGAGCUGCCUUGGGAGCAUAAUCUCGGCGAUGCCGCAGUACCUCAGCGGAAGGCAGGGCGGAAGGAUUGUAGGGAUGCGCUGCAAUUUCAGAUUUUGGUCGCGGACACAACCGUGUACACCGGUUUUCUUUGAUCAUCUUGACAUCUCUGCAGUCCCCGUCGCUACCCUUUACUACUUUGUUGACCGGAAACAGCGAUUACAGUAUGCAGAAGACUUCUUAGUUUUUCUUUUUAAUACAACAAGACUUCUUAGUUGGUUAUUUCCAAAGAAGAAACACAUACUAUGCAUCAAGGCAUCAAUACAUACAAGAAGAACCAGAAACAAAACAGGACUUGCUUUGGCAAUUGUGCUGCCUAUGAUUGCUGCGGUGCUAGCUAUCAGUACUGUUUGUCUCUGUUUCUUCUGGAGGAGGAGAAAACAAGCAAGGGAGCAGACACCAUCUUAUUCAACUAAUGAUGGAGACAUGGAGAGCAUCGAGUCACUUCUUCUUGAUAUAUCAACUUUAAGAGCUGCGACUGGUAACUUUGCUGAGAGCAAUAGGCUUGGUGAAGGAGGUUUUGGCGCUGUCUAUAAGGGCGUCCUUCCUGAUGGUCAAGAAAUUGCAGUGAAGAGGCUCUCACAGAGUUCAGGGCAAGGAAUACAAGAGCUGAAAAAUGAGCUUGUUUUGGUUGCCAAGCUUCAACACAAGAAUCUUGUUAGGCUUGUUGGUGUUUGCUUGCAAGAACAUGAGAAACUGCUUGUUGGGUAUAUGGCACCCGAGUACGCCAUGCGUGGCCACUAUUCUAUAAAGUCUGAUGUUUUCAGCUUUGGCAUCUUGAUUCUUGAAAUCUUAACCGGAAGAAGAAGCAGUGGUUCCUUUAACAUCGAGAAGUCCGUUGAUCUCUUAAGUCUUGUUUGGGAGCACUGGACCAUGGGAACAAUUGUGGAGGUUAUGGACCCAUCUCUGAGAGGCAAAGCUCCUACGCAACAGAUGAUGAAAUGUGUCCAUAUCGGUCUACUGUGUGUUCAGGAUAACCCGGUCGAUAGACCGAUGAUGUCAACAGUAAACGUCAUGCUCAGUGGAAACACUUUCUCUCUCCAGGCUCCACUGAAGCCAGUAUUUUUCAUUCCAAACUCAACUGUUUAUUCAGAAUCAUAUCCUACAGCUUCCCAAUCCACCGCUAACGUUACCUCAGGGGCGAUAUCACCAAAUGAAGUGUCAAUCACAGAACUGGAACCAAGAUGA